AUGGACUCUUCAGAAGAGGCAAAAACUAUCUUGUUACCACUCUUGGGCCAAUUUCAUAAACUUGCAGAAGCCAGAGAUUACGAAAAGCUAGCCGCCUUUUACGAUCCAAACGCUGUCAUUGUCAAUGCUGGAAAGGAUGUGAUCUACGGAAAAGAAGCUCUAAAGAAGGAUUUUGAAAAUUUUCUAACACGUGCGGGUAAACUGACGCCAAAGAGCUCCAAUCAUCACUAUAGAAUGUGUGAAGAAUUCAUUAUUUUGACAGCCGACUAUGAGACAAAAACAGAAAAAAUGGGAGUGCUAAAAGGAAGGUUCACCCAAAUUUGGCGCAAAUGUAAUGGUAAAUAUCUAAUGAUACAUCUGGAGGAUGCACCAACGACGCAAUGA